UGUGUAAUUGAAAGCAUGACUUCGAAAUAGAUUAGGUCAAGUGCCAUGUCUGAAUCUAUUGACAGUAGAUUUUCCUGUCCAUUUAUAAUUCAAUAGUUUUAAACUGUAGUGGGUGUGCAACUUGUGAUAAUCUAUCGAAAGGGUCUUCAGUGUUUAAAAUGGCAGUGUGUUGUGAGAACAUAUUUAAGAAUAAGAAGUGUCAUUUCGUUACAGGUAUUAGAGCAGUGUAAAUUCUAUAAGCUAGCCAAAACAGACAGUAGUACUAUAGUAUUGGGUAACCUGAAAUAAUACCAUUGUUUGAAUAAGUGUACAAACAAAUCUAUGAUUUGAUUAACAUGAAAUGGAAUUGCUAUCAAUGUUUGGAUUAUAAACAGGUGGUUUAAAGAUCUGGAAAGGAAUUUCACAGUUUGUAAACUCCAUUAUUGUCAACUGUCGAGCCAACUGUAGAUAAGAGGAAGGAAAGGAGAUAACUAUUUGUAGUAGUUCUUACAGUAUGUGUGUUUUUGUGAGCCUAAAAAGCAUGUUAAGUGGGGUUUAUUUUAAGGGCACGUGCAUUUUUUGUGAUUUUGUGCGUACAAAGCAUGUAAAGUGGUGAACUUGAUGUUGUUUUUUUGAGAGCAUGAUUUGUGCAUCCUUAGAGAUGUGAAAACACUUGAGAGUGUCGGAAAUAACAGUGUGUUCAAAUGAUAAAUGAAUGCUCAGAUUAACACUGCUUUGAUAGACAUGUUUUCAUAUAAAGGUAUUGUUUCAAGUGAUUUAGAGUUGACUUCACCUGAUUUAUGGAGAAUAAGGUAUUUUAUUAAAGAAUAUGUUUGAAUGGUUAUAUGUUUAAUGAAAUAUUAUGUCACCUGAUACGAAGAGUGAAAUAACUAAACUUUGUAUGCAAAGAUAUUUCGGAAUCUGAACCUGCAAUACCCGAAAGAUGACACUUUGGAUUGAACUAAGAUGAGACAUCAUUAUAUAUUCAUACAGUGUAUAAAAUUAUGUGACUAUGAGAAGAUAAUUUGAAAUUGAUAUAUUUGAUGGUGUGAUCUUCAUGUUUAAGGAAACUAUUGCUAGUGAGAUAUUUAUUGUUAAGGAAAAAAUUGGCGUGUAAAUUAAAUAAAAUACGAAGAAUAGACUUGACUGACAAUGAAGCUCUUUUAUUCCUGGUAUUUAUUGAAAGUGAUCUGAAUAACUAUAUGAUGUUUGUAAUGAUUUUCUAAUUGGAUGUGAUCGACACAAUGGAUUGAUUUUAUUGAUUGGACGGAAAUUCAGACAGUAUGGAUUGUUGUACAUGGAUGACCUACAGAUUCACCGUAAAUCUGCCAGGCAAUCAGAAGGAGGUGGUGCGCAUCAGCCCAAAAGAGACGCUCGCUGAAGUCCGGGCAGUCGUGUGCCAGAAGAAGAAUUUCGAUCCCAACAACUACGUUUUCUUGCUGCCUAGCAACCCAUCUCAGCCUCUUGAAGACUCCACCUGCAUUGGCGAUCUGAAGACCAACGAAAUACGCUUUGAGUCAAAAGCUGUCGUCAGUGCCGCCAUAGCCAGAUCAAUGCCUGACUUAGCGUUCGCAGCAGCUCGCGCAGGCAGCGGAGCUGGAGAAUCUAGGUCAAAGGUCGAGGCGGAAAAGAAGGCCAAAAAAGGCUUCUUGUCAUUCUUAGGAAAAAAAGACAAUAAAUUUAAAUUGGCACAUAGCACAUCCGAUAUUGAUCUUCGAUCAAAAUCACAGGAUUCAGAAAUUACGAGGUCAACUACAACGGCGGCCAAUAGACCAAAAACAAUGUACGUCGAUUCAGGAGAGCUGGACCAUUUUGGGCUACGUAAAACGACAGGGGAUUUGCACAAAUACUCAGAACAUAGGAAAAGCUCUGGCUCAGGUUUGAUGCCCCUGAAUGAAAAUGUGGCGCUAUCUGCAAGUUCAGACAAUUUGACUUCAAGCCAAAAAAACAAUAAAGGCGAUCAGCAAAAAAAGAGCGGGAAAAAGCGUGCUGCACCCCCUCCGCCAAAAGCCAACGGAAAAAAUGCGUCAGAAUCACAAACAGUGCAAGUUGAGAUUAACGUUCAGCCAAAAUCUACCAAACAGACUCAAAUAGAAGAAGUUAGGCUGGAGAAUAAUAAUCGUGUUCAGUUAAAUAAGAACAUUCAUUCGCGGAAUAGUUCAGACUCUAGCGGUUAUCACGAAUACCACGAAAUGACGCUGAGCGGCACGGAAUCGCCCGAAGCGAACAAGUCGGACAAUUUGCAAACCACGCUGGAUACUACCUCAAUAGACAGUGGGGAGCAUUUUAACGGGGACAGCGGUAUACCGGACAUGUCGCCUAUGAGACAUCGCGCUGUGAAUCGCAACGAUGGUGCUUAUUCGCGGGACUCCAGUCUUGAUAUUGAUAAACCCGUUGCUCCAGGACGGAAGAAAAAACGUGCUCCUUUGCCCCCUCCUGGAAUGUCAGUGGCACCCAUAGACAGUAGUAGCACUAACACUCCUGAUAGCCCGCCUCCAUCUCGUGGGAGACACACAGACGAAGAGUUCGCUGCCCUUCAGGCGAUGGAGGAAGUCACUAUGCGCUUCAACCUCGAGGACUCCGACGACGACGAUGCCAACAGGGGUCAGGAUCUCUACAUGGUAGAAAACUCUUCAAUACACAGUGAGGAUAUCGACCUCGAUCCAGAGGUUGCGCAUCGUCAACGACCUGCAACCUUUGUGGCACCCCCACCACCCACGGAACCGCCUCCUGACGAUUCGGUGGCCGUGACAUUGGGUUUGGUGGAUACGGUCGAUAUUGGUGUCGGAGAUGGAACAACGAAUAGCCCCCGAGACAGUUCCAAAGAUUUCCCAUCUUCAACAGAGUCUAGUCGUCGCGGUAGCGUCUCCAGCAAUUCCUCUGUGAACACAAUAGAGGAUAUAAGUGAAGCCUUUAAGCUCACAAUCGCCAUGGGCGAGGAAUCGUUGGGUGAUUUUGAGUCCGAUCACUCAGACGAUAGUGUCCAAGAUGAACUGAAGAAAGCCAUGCCAGAGUUCAAGAAGCAUAUUGCCAGUCUGGUGCUUCAAGGUUCCGAUGGAGAGGAAUCGACCAAUGGGACGCCUCUCUCCAAGGACCCAAGCAGUUCCUCCCCCUCCUCCCAACACAAACUCUUGCACUCUGACCGAGACAUCAGCGCCCAGGGUGACCGGGAUUCUUCGGAGAUUACGUACGAAUUCACAGUCGCCUCCGUUCCGUCGGGAUUCCAAAACUUGUCGCAACGGGAUUCCGAAGAGGAGAGUUUCGAAACGGAAGAGAUCGUUGAAUAUUAUCCGGCUCAACAGAAUGUUUUGCAGCAUGCCCUGCUAGAAACUGGUAGUCCAAGGGUUAUACCCGAUCUUGAGUCCCCUAAAGAGCAUGCAAAAGCAAUCUGUGUCCAUCCGCAUGAUGUGUUCCAAGAUAUUGAUGUCGAAGGAACUGAUGAUGUGAAAGAUGAUGAUAAAGACCUUAAUGAGAAGGUAAAGGUAAAAGAAGUUGAGGUAACUCGGGUUGUUGAUACUGAAGUUUUGAAUGAUACUAAAACUGUAGAUAUUCCUGAACAAACUAAGGAGAAGCCUGUUGUUGUUAAGGUGAAGAAGCCAGAGGAAAAAGAAGAAUUUGUUAUCACAUUUGAUGAGUUGUCAACUCUGGACUUCAGUGCCAGUAAUCCUAACGAUCAAAAGAAGCCUCGCAGAGAGUUUAGUGACACUCCUAAGGUGAACUAUAGAAUUGAAUUUCGCAAUUCUCGUGAUUUCGACGAAGAGGUUAUUCAAGCUUCAAAUACUUCCAUAGUAAAUCAUGCUCCAGUAUUUGACGAAACUAGCGGCAAGCAGACUGUUGAUAUUAACAUAGCAAACCAGUGUUCAAAUAUAAGUUUUCAGCCAAAUUCAGAAGGAGAGGCCGAGAAUUUGUUAGAAGAGAAAUCUAUAUCUUUUAUAGCGCUUCCUGCUGAAAGGACUGCAGUGAAGGAAGAAAAAGUUGAAACUAAUGACGAAGUGGAGGUUAAUCUAGAGAAAGAAACUUUUGCUUCCAAAACGGUAAUUCAGUUGAGCCAGUCCAGUCCACCAGUAAUCUCACAUACUGGUAGCAGAGAAUCGCUGCAGACUAGUAGCCGAGAAUCGUCAAAGACUAGUAGCAGAAAUUCGACGCAAACUAAUAGCAGAGAAUCAACUCCAAGACGAUCAGACGAUGAUGCAGAGUCCGCCAAUCUAAUGCAGACACAAUACCAGCAGAUGCAACAGCAGAUGGCAAUGUGGCAGAACCAGCUGCUGCAGAACCAGCAGCUUUUAGCCAGUUCCUUGUCACCUGACCCUCCAUCGCCCAAUCAGACGCCUGGGAUUCAGGACCAGUCCAGUCUGCAGCUUCAGCAGUUGCAGUUGCAGAUCCAAAUGCAGCAGCAAAUGCUGUUGCAACUGCAGCAGAGCAUCGCAACGAUUUCCUUCAACAAAAACGCGGUAGUAGGUCCCUCCCAACAACAAACCUUGCUGCAAACACCUGCUGCUGGCUUUUCGACCCCACCCAAUACCGGAAGCAGCGGUGGCAAUAGCCAAAUGUCCUCCCCAAACUUUUUAAGUGGCCAUGAAUUUCAGACAUCAACACCUAUCCCUGAUAUGCCCAGCCAGCGCGGCCAGAGAGACGGUUCCCUGUCCCAGGUUCCAGUGGCCCCUACCCUUCCACCGGCUCCUGGCCUUGAGGCCAAGUCAAAGGAAGUCAAAGCAGACGCAAAAUACACGAAACCGAAACAGAAGCGUUUUGAGCGACAGCUUGAUCCAAGGGAACAGCUGAUGCUUGAUAUUCGAAAUUUCGGAAAGAAGGGAUUGAACAAGUCUCGCAUUCGAAGGUUCCAGUCAAGGCCACUCACUGGCAUAAAUGAUGAAAUUCCGAUUUAUGUGUGAUACCACAAAACAUUGGCAUACGUGUAACACUUGCGGAGAAUGUGCAUAUAUAUGUCAUGCAAUCUGUGUAUAGGUUAUGGAAAAAUUGGCAUAUACGUGUAAUGCAAAUGAGGUAUUUGCAGAAUGUGUAACAUAUUGUGAGAAUUUGCAUAUGUGUAAUAGAAUGUGAAAAUAUGCAUAUGUACAAUGCAGAAUAUGUUAAGCAGAUGAAAAUAUGGCAUAUGCGUGUAAUGGAUGCAGUUUUCUGUCAGAUGUGAUCAUGAUGGCGGUGACAUGUGUAAUUCAGAGAGGUCAGAUGUGCAUCACGAGUAGAUGGAAGCAAUGUACAGAUGAAAACUUAACUACUGGCCAGUCGACGAUCACAUAAAAGCCCAACGCAAGGGUUCUUAUAAAGAUGAAUGUUUUCUGUAAAGGAAACCUUUCGGAAAAAAAUGCAAUUAACCUGUGUACGUUUAGGCUAAGUUACUAUAUGCAAGGGAAAAAUAUAAUCCAUAAAUUGCUUGUACAAGAAUGUGCAUAUAUUAGUCAAAUGUGUAUCUAGAAUUAUGUUAUAAUUACUUGCAUUCCUUUUCUUCCAUAUAAAUGUUUAGUAAAGUUAUAUGUGUGAUCAAAACAGAAAGUUCAGUUCGAAGCGUCAAGAUGUUUGUAAAUAUGUUUUAUCUGAUGCAUAUCAUGAUUCCUGGUUAUAUGUUUGUUUUCUUCCAAUAGAGACUGUAAUGUAUAUUAUAAAAAUAUAUUUAGCAAUUGUAAAAUAUUUUAAAGGGGUGCAAUAUUACAUUAAUGAUAAGAAAAUUAUUGUACAGUUAUUAUAUGGACAAAACUUUAUUAUGAUCACCUUAUGCCAAGAUUUCUAUUUGUCAGUUACUGAUUUUUAAAGGAAAUUUUUUUGUUCAUGCUUGUUAUUUCUCCUUAUUCAUAAGCAAAUAUCCUAAGAGCUCUUAAUUAAAUGGUAAUUCAGUUUCGUCUUAAUAAUACUUUAUAUUUUUAACCAGGUUUUCUGAAGGAAAAAACUGGUUAUUAGAUUGGCGAAUGCGGGCGGGCUGGCUGGCUGGCUGGCUGGCGGGCUGGCUGGCUGGCUGGCGGGCUGGCGGAAUAAGCUUGUCCGGGCCAUAACUAUGUCGUUCAUUGUCAGAUUUUAAAAUCAUUUGGCACAUUUGUUCACCAUCAUUGGACGGUGUGUCGCGCGAAAUAAUUACGUCGAUAUCUCCAAGGUCAAGGUCACACUUUGAGUUCAAAGGUCAAAAAUGGCCAUAAAUGAGCUUGUCCGAGCCAUAACUAUGUCGUUCAUCGUCAGAUUUUAAAAUCAUUUGGCACAUUUGUUCACCAUCAUUGGACGGUGUGUCGCGCGAAAUAAUUACGUCGAUAUCUCCAAGGUCAAGGUCACACUUUGAGUUCAAAGGUCAAAAAUGGCCAUAAAUGAGCUUGUCCUGGCCAUAACUAUGUCAUUCAUUGUGAGAUUUUAAAAUCAUUUGGCACAUUUGUUCACCAUCAUGGGACGGUGUGUCCCACGAAAGAAUCACGUCAAUAUCUCCAAUGUCAAGGUCGCCACGACUAAAAAUAGAUUUUAAAAAAAAAACACUUACAAAGGGGGUUAAUUUUUUUUGGUCAUUUCAAAAGUUCAGUUUGAGUUUUCUCCCUUUAUCAGAUUUUUUUUUCACAAUGAAAACCUGGUUUUGUGACAAUUUUGUCCCUUGUUCUUUUAAUAAAUUUGCAAAAGUAUUGAAUGGCAAGAAGCAAAACCUACUGAUUUCCCAUGAGACAUAAAUUUUUAAAAUCUGAUAUGUAGCUUAAUAUUAUUUCCAGCUUUGAACUACACAUAUUAAAGCACUGAUAUAAAUGCAAGAUCCUAUACACCAUCUAUGUUUUAUCGAUUUCCUUUUAAUAAUAGCUAUUUGUGAAAGUAUAAUACGUAUACUUAUGAUAGUGUGGAUUCAUUUAUUUUUAUUAACUUGAAAUUUCAUUGAUUGAUAAACUCUGGCAUUUUUGUUUGAUCGUCAAUUCGUUAAUUUUUUAUCAGUUCUGGUAUAAGUCUUCAACGUUUGUUCGUUCGUUGGACAUUUUAUGUCUUGGUUGAGAGGUCCUUUCAAAAUUCAAGAAAAAUUAUUUUCCGAAGAAUAAUAUCAAGUUUACGGUAAUAAAUAAGGGUAGAGUUUUUAACUAGCUUGAUAUCUUUUCAAGCCUUUUUUUAUCAGACACAAAAUUUGCUUAAAUUAUUAAAUGUUAUGAUAAUGUACUUUGUAUACAUCAUUAUUAUAUUUUUCUUAAGUAUUUGAUAUGUUUCUAAUCAUAGGCUGUUAAUUUUUGUAGGCAUUUAGACCUUUCAAAACAAUAAUGUUAUAUAUAUUUUCACAUGUUUUAUGUAAUAAUGGUCAUACACAAUAUAAUGCCCAUGUAAGACAUAUAUUCGGUUACAUUACUUUUUAAGACAGUGUAAGAAAUUGGUCUUCCACUUAUCGUCUUGUGUUUUUGUUUCAAGCAUACUUUCGCUAUCACAUGUGUCCACAAAAUUGAGGCACAUUGUAAAAAUUUUGCAUAUUAGAAAUUACAUUUGUGUUUACAUCUUUCAUCCAAGAGUAUCAUUAACUUAAAUCAACUCAAACUUAAUUUUUAAACAGAAAAAAUGAAAUUAGCUAUGUAUUACUGCCAUAAACAAAAUCAGAUGGAGCAAUAAGAUACGGUAUUCUUUAAGUAUAAGUUAAUUAUAAAAAACAAUGUUUGUCCAGUACUUAGAAUUGUUAAUCAUUUAAAUAUUCAGACACAUGUUUGACUGUAUGCUGGAUCCUAUAUUAAUCAGUGUUUCAAGUUGAUGUCCAUUGUGUGUAGAUACUGUACGUUCAAUUGCAUCAUGUUGAUUUUAAUCAAUGUAUUGGGGUAUAUUUGCUGUCAGCAGUAAUGCUGUCAGACUCAAACUGCAUGAAUUCAAUGAAUUCACUAAAAGUACAAGAAGUUUUACAAUUAAAUAAAUGGAAUUUUCUUGAACCAGUGUAGAAUCGACAUGAAACAAGUUUGUUUUAUUGUUUCUUAUCUGCCUAAAAUAAUAUUUUAGUCUGUUUCUUAUGUGAUAUUUAAAAACUGUGAUUUAAAACUUAAUCACUUGCACAACAGUACUGUAAUCAAAAUUUAUCUUGCAGUCUCAUUUGAAACAUAAUUGAUGUUGCUAAAGUUUACAGGUAUUGUUUCUUUGCAUUUACGGUAAUAUUUACCGUAUCUUAUAUGAUGUUAACAUAAACUUUACCAGGGCUUUUUUUCCUGUUUUUGUGAAGCAGCCUUGGCCCCCUUAUUUUGUGGAAAAAAAAACUCAUUUUGUGAAAAAAUGAGUUGCUAACUGUUCAAAGUUGUGAAAAAAUGAGUCGCCAACUUUCUAAAAUUGUGAAAAUUUAAGUAGCGAAUUUCGCAAAUCGUGAAAAUGGCCAUUCUCACAGAAGGAAAAAAAGCCCUGUUUACUAACUUGUUUCAUUUUCAUGCUAAAAACUAUGGACUGUAACAGGCUCAAUUAUAAGGGAGCGAUUCACAGCGACUUCUUUUCAAAUUGUUUUUAAUUUCCAUAACAUUUGAACCCUUUGAGCGCUGGAACCGGAUUUUAAAGGCCUUUGCAAACAGUUUGGAUCCAGAUGAGACGCCACAGAACGUGGCGUCUCAUCAGGAUCCAAACUGUUUGCUAUUCUGAUAGUAUUCUUUGAAAAAAAUCGAAGAAAAUGCUAAUUUUAGAAAUUCAGCAGACGACAUAUUAGCAGAAGACAAAUUACCCAGCAUGCAAAGGGUUAAAGCUAUCUCAUAAAAUCAAAUCCUUGAUUCAUCAAUUAAUUAUGCAUGGAACCUGCAUAAAGAAGAUAUCACUGCUAGUAACAAAACUGUCCAUUUGACGCAAGAGAUUCCAUUUCCAUAAUUCAGGGACUCUGUUUGUUUUUAGAAAUAUGCUUUUAGUAUUCCAAAGAGCUAAUUGAAAACAAUAUACAAAACAUGUAUAAUAUGAUAUGAUAUUUCAGUUUCAUUCUCAUCAAAAUCUUCACAAUAAUUGUGUAAAAAUAGGAGAGCAUUUCCUUGUUCACAUAGACAUCUUCUAUUUUAUUUCAGACAUGCCCACAUUUUCCAAAUUAAACCACAGCGUAUUUCAAAGACUCAUAAAAUUUAUUUGUUUCGUUUUGGUUGCUGUCCGUUGCUACAUAUGUUUAUCAGAUAAUUGAACUUACUCAUUGUUUUUAACUCUGUUAUUAGUAAGUUGUCAUAUUAUUUUUCCAUGCAAUAUUUAUAUAUAAUUAUAUAUAAAACUUAUAUAUUUUUGUACAGGUUGAGACUUAUUCAGUUAUCUCGUGUAAAAGAUUUAUUUACAACGAA